UGAUAAUCGAAAAUGUCAAAGAAACUUCUCUCUUUCAACAGAUAUGACCGUCGUCGAGUUCUGAAAUCAAGAAUGAGUCAUGAAUGAAAAUGGAGCACUUCUGCAACCACGCAUACUGGAACGACACUGCGGGAUCACUUCAUGAAGAACUAGAACAAAGGAGAAGGACAAACACCAUACUCUUGAAAAGACACAUCACACUUAAUAAACUACAUGCUGCUCAAUCAUGACAGACUUCUAAUCUCACCUACUACAGGAGUCCUACGAGGGCUGCAGCAUGAUCACCAGCUUCAUUUUUGCCACAACGAUUUUAUCAUCUAUGACUUCCUCUCUGAAUCAAUAAACAUAGUGCCAGCUACGGUCAAAUGUAGUCCUAGUAGUAGUAGUAGUUUCUCAUGCAGCUGAAGACAUCUUGAUCUAUAUCGACAACCUUGUCCUUUCCUUCUUGUUUGUUGAAUACAGCUGGAUGACUCGCUAAAAUAAGACUUUUUAGAAGAAACAUCGAUCAAGAUGGAUCCCUACAAGACAGUUGGCUUCGAGGAGUUUCAAAUUAAGACGAAGGCAGACUUGGAGAAAGUCAGGCAACGAGUAAAGAAAAAAUGGAAAGCCUUAAAAGAAGAAGUAACACGCUUGGACGCAGCUGGCAAAAAAAAAGAAGCGGAGAGUAAGAAGUUCGAGGCUGCUAAGGUACUAGACAGUAGAUUUUUGGGAGGUUGUCUUAUUUUCAAAACGAAUUUUUACUUGCUUAUCCUUGUUGUACGGGGACGAACUUCUUGUUCUAAUACUUACUAUGACAUGAACGUCGUAUUUUCUUGACCAACUCAACAUCAACAGUUGAACGAAGCAUUUGAGACUGUGCAGCGUCGGUUUCAGAGGCCACCAGAGCAGCUCAUCGGCAGAGGGCGUAAAGAACGAGAGCUCGAUGGAUUUUAUAAUCACCAGACCAAGGAGUUGAAGAAGCAUGAUGCCGACAUUAGGAAGAUCCGACAGCAAGAGGCUGAGGCCAACAAGCUUCGCUUCACGAAGCAGGGCCUCGGUACAGGAGCUAGUGCGAGAUCCGCCAGGCACAGAAUGCGGGUCAAAAUGCAUUACAUGCGAAUCAAGCAGGAGAAGGAGAUGAAGCGGAAGAAAGAAGAACACGAAAACAAACUAGCGAACAUUACGGCAUGACCUCUCUUCAUCUUGUAACUACUGUUUCAUUUGAGUCAAAAAUUUAGAAGAAGAUUGACUACUGCACACCAGGCACACGACCAGUUGUAUCUUAUUCUGACGCUCACCUCUAAUAUUCCCGACGCCGUGGACAUGCUGAUCCGCGUAAUGGCUUUGAUUGAGCAAAGACCGAAGUUCGUGAAAGCGAUGCCUUUUUUGAGGAGAUGGGUGGUGGAGCAGAUGGAUUGGGAUAACCGGAGCUUCGGAUUCGAGGCCGUACAACGACUCGUCAACACCGGAUUCUUCUGCGGUCAUGCAGAGGUCGUCUCCGACGUGAAGCAGACGUUCGACACCAUGCUGGAAUUAAACCGCGAUUUCGUCGAACUGUACCCCUGGACUAGGUCGAUUUGGAGGCUAGUCAGACAACACUGCAUGGUUCUGCAGGCGGACGACAACUUCGUGCUGGAGAAGUGCCUGAAGACGCUGAGGAGUGAAUACGUUGAAGAUUUAUUCAAGAACGACAUCGAGUUCAACGCGUCUCCGGAAUUGCGCAACACGGAUUUGCCGAGGAAUAACAUGCGAGUACCUGGCGAUCCGAAUGGGCCAUUUGCCAGACAACUAGUAAAAUGGAAAGAGUUACAGGGAAAGCAACUCGAAUUCAUUGGGCCAGCACUGAUGUCGCCGGAGGAUGGCGCAGGAAGACCGGUGGCUGCAGAUGGUGAAGGAAAUGCUGGUGAGCAAAUAGAAGAACCAUCUUUGCCGUCGAGUGGGGUGAACUCAGUUGUAGUGAAUGGCAGUAACCAGGCAGGGGUAGACGGGCAAGGACAUUCAGUUGGAGCAGGAACAUCUUCAUCCUCUUCUAUGCCUAAAAGUGGAGAUGAUCUCGCAGACGGUGCUGUGCCUGCACCAGGUCCAGAGGACAAGCGCGGAAAAGAGCAUCGUCCCUUAGCUGCGACAAUUCGCAGAGAAGAGGAGAUGCUGGCAUCGGCAGCUGGUGAUGCUGAUGACGUAAGCAGAAAAAGAGAUUCAUCGUCCUCGCCUGCAAAAACGGUACAGCUGAAGCGGGAAUCUAAUUCUGUGUCAACAUCACCGUCAGGAGGCAAGCGUAGGCGGACUAGUCGUGUAGAGGGCGAAGAACUACUGAAUCCAUCUUCUAGCUCGACUAGCUAUGGUGCAAGUGCAAAUACGACUUCAACUACUAGUAGACCAGCAGGAGGACCAGAAGGAGCCACUGCAUCUUCCUCUUCAAGAGGUGGAGAACGAGCCUCCUUAGCAGAACAACAAGACGAAGAACAACUCCCCAACAACCGCACGGCGAGGACUGUCCCACCUCCACCAGCCCCACUCAACUCCCCAGAGUCUCCCGACAACGAUGAACUGCCCGACUCCGACGAGGAGGACGACCUCUUCGGUCCAGUUCUAAGACAAGAACGACUAGCAAAACAGGCACAAGCUGCAGAUGGUAUAGCGAGUGGAAUCGCAUCUGGUGGUGGUAUAGCUUCGGUGGGAGGCAUAGCGUCUGUCGGCUCGUCAGGAACCGGCAGUCGCGUCGAUCGUGACAGGUAGUCUUUUGGAGAUGAGUCUCUGUAACGUUCCAAUUCAUCAUCUUUCUUGUUCUUCUUUCUAGAAUUUUGUGUUUGUUCUGAAUGUUAACGUGGUUUCUGAGGAAAGAGCUAAAGAGUAGAAGAAAGAGAACGCCUCCAUAAGUAUAACUCUUCAUUUGGUUCUUUGCGAAGAUGUGAUGGAAGUCCUGGUGGAUCGCGUGGAAGGUUUUUAUUCUGCUCUCCAAAUUUUCACUCUCCUUCUCAAAUUUCACCUCCACACAGCAACGACGCCGUUUCCAGUGCAGAUGUUUUCAAUGUGAGUGCCGCUGAGUUCCUCGAUGACCUAGCCGGGGUAACCGGACAAGACCACGACGGUUCCGCUGCCAACGUUUCCCUUUAUCUCGGCACUUACGAGCCCCCUAGUGAACGAGAGAUCAAGGCACAAUUACGUCGUGUUUUCGUCGACCUACUGCAAUCCCUUUCCCAAAUUCGUGUGCAGAAAAUUUUUUUCCGAUCCCUGAUCGACCCCUUUUUCCAAGAGUUGUUCUAUAAGCGCAAAGAACUAGGACUGCGCGAUGAAGACGUCACCAGACUAGAGGACAUGCAAGCCGACAUCAAACGAAUCAAGGUGGGCAAAAAGAUAGGUGGCAACAUGCUAGAGAACCCACUUCUAGCAGCGAAUCCCGUGGUGGAUGGUCGUGCGACGCAACGCAUGGGCACUGCAGAGUGGGGAGCCGGACAGAACUGGUAGUGUAGGUCCUGUCUUGCAUCAAGCAUCAACCACAUUCUUGGUGCCAGGAGAAAGAACGAUUGUCAUGCUAAUCGUAAAAAUCACCUUCAUCACAUUUAAAUACUUCAAACUUCACAACUGCUCUGUCAACAUUGUUAACAAGCACUACAACAAGCAUAGGAAGAUACCCAUAUUUAUAAGUAGAACAUCUUGAUGACUCUGUUGACUGGGUGUUUGUUAUGACCCACAUUUCCUUUUCUUUAAUGUUGAUCAUGUUGCGGGAGUACGUUCGUCACGAAAGAAAGUAACACGUAGUUGAAAGCAAAAUCAAAAGAAUAAAGCUUAAAUCAGUAC